AGUGCAACUGCAAGCCCUUCGGUUUCUUUUAAUUUUGAUCCUGAUUUAGCAAGGACCAAAUUGGCUCAAAUGAUCGUUAAGCACGAAUAUCCCUUGUCUAUGGUUGAGCAUAGCGGGUUUAUAGAAUAUUCAAGCACUUUAUGUCCCAUGUUUCAAAUGGUGUCAAGGAAUACAAUUAGGUCAGACAUUAUGAAAAUGUAUAAAACUGAGAAAGAAAAGUGCAGGCAAAAUUUGGAAAAAAGUAGGAGCAGAAUAGCCAUAACCAGUGACAUGUGGACUGCAAAUCAUCAGAAGAGGGGAUAUAUGGCUGUAACAGCUCAUUUUAUUGAUGAUUCUUGGAGCUUACACAGUCAGAUAUUGAGUUUUAAGUAUGUUCCGUGUCCUCACGAUGCUCCAGCACUACUUGAGGCCUUAAGAUCUUGUCUUAAUGAUUGGAAAAUAGAAGACAAGAUCAGUACAGUGACUCUCGAUAACUGUACUGCCAAUGAUUCCAUGAUUGAUCUUUUGAAAGGACAAUUUGAGCCUGACAGUUUUAUUUUGAAGGGAAAGUUGCUACAUGUGCGUUGUUGUGCACAUAUUUUAAAUCUAAUUGUCAAAGAAGGCUUAUCUGUCAUUGGUGAUAGUGUUGACAAAAUUCGAGACAGUGUUGCUUAUUGGUCGGGCACACCAAAAAUACAUGAAAAAUUUGAAGACACUGCUCGUCAACUUGGAGUACCAUACACCAAAAAAAUAUCACUUGAUUGUGUAACGAGGUGGAAUUCAACUUUUCUAAUGCUUAGCACAGCUUUAUCCUACAAGACAGUAUUUGAACGUGCAAGGCUGCGGGAGUUGCGUUUGAGGUGUGCCCCUUCAGAAAUUGAUUGGCAAAAUGCUCAACAAUUGUGUGAUAAGUUAGAGUUGUUUCAUGAAGUAACCGAAUUAAUUUCUGGAACAAAGUACCCUACCGCCAAUAUUUUUUUCCAAAAAUAUGUGAAAUUAAGACCAACAUUGAAUCAUGGAUGUUAUCAGAGGUGCCUUUUAUUAAGGACAUGGCAACUCAAAUGAUGUCCAAGUUCCAGAAAUAUUGGCGAGAGAUUCACGGGCUUAUGUGUGUGGCGGUUGUUUUAGACCCGAGGUACAAGUUCAUGUUGCUCGAAUACUAUUUCCCUGUAAUUUAUGGAGAUGAGCAAUAUGUAACUGAAAUUGCGAAGGUUCGUGAGCUUUGUUGCGAGCUACUAGAGGAGUACGGGUCUAAGUUUCCUCAUUUGAGAGAAAGAAGGGUUCAAGAAGAAAAUGUAUCAACAUCGUCUUCAACACGCCGAUUGGAUGCCCUUUCUAACUUUGAUAGAUUUGUUAGAGCUUCCUAUCGAGUAGAGAAUAUGAAGUCUGAACUGGAUUUAUAUUUAGAGGAGAACUUGAUACCUAGGACUGAAGAGUCAUUUGAUAUAUGCAACUAUUGGAAGGUGACGGGCCUCAAAUACCCUUUGUUGAGUAUGAUUGCCAAGGAUGUAUUUGCUGUGCCUGUUAGCACUGUUGCUUCGGAAUCUACAUUCAGCACUGGUGGUAGGCACGUGAGUUCACAUCGAUCGAGACUUCAUCCUUCUACAUUAGAAGCAUUAGUAUGUACACAAAAUUGGUUGAAGACUGACAAAAAAGCAACAGUGAAUGAUGAAGAUAAUGAUGUUGAUCCAACAAUGGAGCCUUACGUAGUUGAUCUUGAUGAUUAGAGAGUACAUUGUUCUUUUUAGUAUAUGAGUGAGGACAUGGAUGAGAACAAAUUGUAGUGUUUAGUACUUAUGGUUACUAGUUAUUAUAUUUGAGUUUAUGGUUGGUAGUUAUUAUUGAUGUAUUAAACAUUGUUAGUAACAAAAGUACAAUCUCAAACUUUCCUCUAUUAUGCAUAAUUGAAUCACUCAUUUAUUCAUUAUAACAAAAAUGCAAUUAUUCAUUGAAAACCUUAGUUUCCAACCUUAUCUAUUAUUAAAGUAAAAUUGAAAAAAAAACAUUACCAUCACACCCUUAUAAUUCUCUUCAUUAAAAAUAAAUUGACUUACAUAA